AUGGAAUUAACCCCUAUUCUCUCUUCGCCGGUCGCAAAGCCGAUUCUACUUCACAUCUCUUUAGCGAUGCUAUUGGUGCCUUUCAGGAACAUGGAGAACUGUCUUCUCGCAGUGUUGGUGAAUUGGACGUUGAGCAAUCAGAUACCGACGACAGUUAUGCACGUGCGCUUUCAGAUCAUCUCAGAGCUGUUGAUCCCUACGGUCUUCAGGGCCCCCGACGAGUUCACCCUGUCCCGGGAGCCUAUGCCCCUCUUUGUCCUGAUCGUCUGGUCCUCGAGGGUCCUCUCGCUCGCUGGCCUAUCGGGGACUUCUUGGAGCCUCCGCUGUCCCUGGCCUUCGACGAGCCGGGGGUCCUGCGUACUAGCCGGGUUGACCCGGCGUCGUACCAGUGGGGGGACGCCAGCAAGCUCCCAUCGGGCCCAGCAGUUGGCCUUCUUCCAGAAGCUGGACAAGGUGGGGCUCCUUGGGUUCACGGAGGGCCCUGUGGUUGCCCAUGAGCAGUGUAACCCGUUCAACGUGUGGAAGAACGCCUCGCGCGACCGGUUGAUCAUCGACCAGAGGGGCCCCAACGGCCAGGAGGCGAAGAUCGUGGGGGGGCCCGCCUCUCACCUCGCAGCUGGUGCCCGGCUCUGUGAACAUAGUGUUGUUCGGGGUUCUGAAUGUCUUCGGGGUUCGUCUACUGAUCGUCGGGAUAUGUUCUAUCAGGAGCACGUCACACCUGAGCGCGCCGCUACUAACGUCCUGGGUCCAGCGCUGCGGGUAGACCAGCUACGCAAGUCCCUUGGUGUCGAUCCUGAACGUCUUCAUUCUGCUGCUGCUCAGGGUCGUCCAGGUCGUCUGGGUCGUCGCGCUUCUCUGGGUGACAGAUUUCUUCUGGAGCCUGCGGGGUCAGAUGCUGGCCCGCGCGCUUCGGGGUUCGUGCACGGCACCCUGGCUUCCAAUCCAAUGGGAGACCACGCUGCCGUUGACGUCACUCAGGGCGGCCACCUCAAUCUUCUCAGGAGCUACGGUCUGCUUGCGCCCGAGAACUUCAUUGAUGGUCGUGCCCCCUUCCCACGUGGUGACGUGGUCGAGGGCUUGUGCAUUGACGACUAUCUUGUUAUUGGGCGUCACGCUUAUCCUCCAGGUGAGUCUCGUCGGGAUUUGGAGCUCUUCGAUCGUGCGGGGCGCUUGGCUUACGUAGACUCCUCGCUGUCAGGCAGCUCCUCCAAGGAGAUCAGGGACGCCGAGCGCUUCGUGGUUGUCGGCGCUGAGGUCGACUCUUCGGCAAUAAUGGUAGAACAGGGGUACGUGCCAGUGGGUGCGCCCGUCGAGCGGCGUCUGCCGCUGGCGGAGCUCUGUCUUCGUGCUGCUCAACUUCCUCGAGCCCCCGUGGCGCUGGUGGAUACGCUAGUGGGCUCCCUGGGAGCGGUGUUCGCUUACCGUCGGCCACUGUUCGUCUGCCUCAACCACGUAUAUAGCUUCGUCGCCCAGGACCGCACCGUCGAUCACGUUAUCCCUCGCACUGUCAAGGACGAGCUUGCCCUGGCAUCUGUGCUGUCUAUCGCCGCCGAGACGGACCUUACCGUCCCCUUCAGUGACGUCAUCUACGCUACCGACGCCUCUCCAUCCUUUGGGGCCAUCUGUGCGCUGGGAGUUUCGUCCUCGCUGUCGGCGGCCGUUUGGCGCUGUGGUGAACGUCGAGGCGGCUAUUCCCGUCUGGACAGUCGGGCUUGUGGAGUCCUACGAGGCGCCGGCGCGCUCCCCCACUUCAUGGAGAGCGCGCAGUGCGUCGAGUCUGACCUCCCCGCCUACGUCCGCCGCGGGAUCGCCAUGGUCUUUGACUUCAUCGAGUUCGCCGGCGGCUCUGGUGUCCUCAGUCGGUACCUCGCGUCCCAGGGUGUCCUAGUCGGGCCUGUCAUUGACAUGUCGUAUUCUCGGCAUUUUGACCUAUCGUCGUGCCGCCUGAUGGAGUGGGCGGUGUGGAUGCUGUAUGAGGGCCGCAUCCUCACCUUUGCUGCGGAGCCUCCGUGUACGACGUUCUCGCCAGCUGCUCACCCCGCUGUCCGCUCCUACCGUCAGCCGAUCGGCUUCAAUCGCUCUGACCCCGAGACGCGCUUGGGCAACCUGCUGGCCUUCCGCUGUAUGCUACUUAUGUUGGUUGGGCUCCGCGUGGGGGCUCCUGGAGGGCUAGAGCAGCCCCGCCUGUCUAAGAUGGCUUGGCUGCAGGAGUGGUCUCGCCUCCUGACGCUCGGGGCCGCCGAGACCUGGUUUGCCUCCUGUGCCUACCAUGACCCUGCCCUCGAUGGUGUCGUCGUCUACCGCAAGGAAUUCCGCUGGAUGACCGUGGGCUUCCCCGAGUUCACUGAGAUGGCGGCGCGCUGUCCUAAUACACGGCGCCAUCGCGCCCACACGCACACGGUUAUCGAGGGAGCGGCUACUAAAUACACAGCUACAUAUACUCGAGGGGUCGUCGUGGCGUUGGGAGCUCGGUACCUGGAGGCUAUCAGACGGCGUCGAGAGGUAGGCGAUAGUAUGCGGCCCCCGGUGGGCUCGGAGCGGCUUGUGAUCAACGAGCUGCUGAUGUCGGGGUCUUGGGAGGAGCUUAGAAGAUGGGCUUGGAGGUCCCCAGGGCACAUUAACAUCUUGGAGUCGAACGUCGUCGUGAAUCUCUUGGAGGGUCCUGUUCGUAAUGGAGGAGAUCGUAGGUUCGCUGCGCUUAUUGAUUCCAGGGUCACGUUGUGUUCUCAGGCAAAGGGGCGGUCCUCGAGCAGGGCGUUGACUCGACCUUUGGAGAAGUCCUGCGCCCUCCAGAUCGCCGGGUCCCUCUACCCCUCCUACUCCUUCGCCCCAUCGCGGCUCAACGUUGCAGACGGCCCGACGCGGCACCAGGCGGUCCGCGCAGCAUGCCGACCGAGGCCUGACUGGCUGGAGCACGCGGACCUGCUGGACUGGCUGCUGACGCGGCUGCCCACAGCCAAGGCCUGCGCUGCGUGGCUGCGGCUUGUCUGCCUGUUGCUGGGGAGCAGCGGGCUACGGGCGCUGCGAACCGCCCUCGACGAGGGGCGUCGCCUGCCCCCAGCGCCCGCCCUCUGCGGGGUGCCUGGGCAGGGCUCGGGCGGAGUCCGCUGGACGGCGUCUGGAGUGACUCGUGUUCCAGUGAAGUCGGAGAAGAGUGAAUUCGCUCCUGUGUUUCAUCGCGCAGGGCUCUUGCAUCAUUGA